AUGAGUGACAAGCCACAUAAUCAAUAUGCGUGCACACGGUGCCGGAGGUUGAAGAAAAAGUGUUCGAAGGAGUUUCCAAAGUGUGCAAACUGCCGCAAGCAGAAUAAAGUGUGUGAAUAUGUGGAAAGAAAAAACAAGAGGAAGCGUCCACAACCGGGAAACGGGCCGAGUAAAAAUGGCAGUAUUUUGAAUGGGAGCGGAUUCAGUGGAACAGAGCCUCCAGAAAAUAACAAUGCACAAAUUCAUACACAAAAUAACAAUAAUGAAAAUAAUCAUCUUGGUAGUGGUGGAGCAAAUCUGGCUGCAAUGCCGGUAAUCGCGGGGAACGUUCUUCCUCCGAUCUCGGGGUUGCCGCAGAGAUCGGACAACUUUUUGCGCGCCUUCCAAGCGCCUCUGCCAUUGCAGCCGCAGGCCUCGCAGUCGCCGCUUGGUGCUCUCACCACAGCUGCGCCCGGCCAACCUGCGCGCGCCACCAGUAUUUUUUCUGCGCCCGGUGCGCUCUCCACCAUGGGUCCGCCUUCCAUUAUUUCAGCACCAGGCGCAGGCUCUGUCAUUGGCGCAACAAACGGGCCUCCGCACCCGGGUUCCAUCGCGGGCUCCGCGGCUUCCACAACGCUGCUCCCACCGCUGGGCAUCUACUCUAUGCGCCAGCAGCAGUCGGCGCUCCGCGGCACUCAGAAGGCGCCAGCGCCAGCGCUCAACAACAUUAACAGCGCAGGUGACGGUACGCUUCCGCGCAUCCCGCCGGUGCUCCCACUUCCACCAGCGCUCUCCUCCUCGUUGCCCCAGAUAUCACCAAUGGGCCGUGGCACAGCCUCGUUCGAUUCAAGCACCACUUUUAGUAGCAGCGUGAUGCAAAAUGCCAACAAUGCAUCUUUGGUGUCGUCGUCGAUAUCUUCGCAGACGCCUGACGGCAAGGAGGUGGGUGCGAGCGCGAGCUCCGGCGGUGGCGCCGGCGCAAAUGCCAACAUCGGCGCUCACGCGCAAGCCGCACCUGUCUCCUCGAUGGUGAACACCGAUGAGGCCUGCGAGAAGUCGGCGUCUGCGGCUCUCACGGCGUCCGCCGAGUCUAGCGCGCAUCCUGCGCUUAAUGCGCCCGCAACCUCCGGAGCGCCUUUGGCGCAUGCGGCAGCCGCACAAAAUUCUCCGGAGGCGCGGAUUUUUGCGAGCCGGUUCACAAGUUCGCAAACCGCGCCCGGAGUCCGGCGGUUCAAAAAACCUCGGUUGGGCUCUCCGGAUGUCAGCGGAUUUAUUUCAAGCAUGAAAACACACAAGCCAAUUUCUCCGCAGACGAACUUCAGCGCAUCGUUUCGGCCGCUUGGAUCCGCAAGCCGCUCCGAAGAUUCCUGCAACACAGAAAUUGUGCGCAGCAUGAUCGGCCUGGAGACGGCGCACAUGAUCGAGCCGUCGAGCGAGCCGACGCGCACGGUGAUGGCGGCUGCGCUGGACGCGUACUUUGCGCACACGCAGCGCGAGUAUCCGUUCUUGGAGGAGAAGGUUGUGCGGCGGCGUGCGCACUCGUUGCACUUUGCCGGAGAGCCAUCGGGGCCUGCGCUAGCAGCUGCACCAACCGCAGAGCUCCUGCUGGUGCUUGCUCUAGGGUGCCGCGUGCUGGAGUCGGCGGGCACCGCCUCGAAGGUGCAGCGGUAUCCGGAGUUCUUCAUCCGGCGCGCGCAGAAGACGCUUGAAGGCCCCGGCAUUGCGCUCACGGGCGUGGAGGCGGUGCGCAUCCUUGCUCUCUACUGCGCGUACUUGGUGUACGGGACGCAGAUCGCGCACUGCUGGAUGGCGGUGGGUGCGCUGGGUCGGCUGGUGCUGUCGGCCAACCUGCACCGGCGCCCCGGCGCCAACGUGCGCGUGCUCUUCGCCGCGUACUCGCUCGACCGCAUGGUGUCGUUGACGCUCGGCCGCCCAGUUUGCAUCGGCGACGACGACGUCGACGCGUCGCUACCGCUUCGCAGGCGCGAGGAGUCGCAGGCGGACAUCGAGAUCUCGAAGCGCAUCAUCGAGAUGUACCGUGUGGAGGGAUUGAUCAUGCAGAAUAUCCAUGCUGCGCGCGCCGUGGAGUCGUUCGGCACUGCGGAAGACCGCAGGGCGAUCUAUGAUGCGCUCCGCAAGGAGGUUGAGGCAUGGUACGGGCGCUGCAGGGGCUACCGGGCGCAGCUGGCGAAGAGUGCACUGAGCGGGAUGCAGGGCGGGAUGCCGGGCGCGGCGCGCACCCCGAUGCACAACCCCACCGCGUGGUUCAACGCGGAGUACUACAACCUGCUAAUCGCGCUAUACAAGCCGUGCCGGUUGUGUGCGCACCCUGCGCCCGAGAUAAUGGACCUUUUGGGCCGCUGCGCAUUGCAGGCCUUGUCCUUCUCCUACAGCAUUUAUACCUCUACCUGGUUCCCCUGCAGCUGGGUCAUUUUUUACCGUUUUCUUUCCGCAAACAGGGUCUUACUCUACUGCUUGUGCCACCGUUGCAUCGACCUGCUGCAGGUGCGCACGAAUCUUCCGCUUGCGCGCGAGAUGCUCGACUAUUUUGCGAGUACUUGGCCGUAUGCGUCGCAGUUGGCGACGGUUCUGGCAAAAGUGGCGUGCUGCCUGGAUGAUGUUGCCCAGAUUAGGCAACUCGCCGUGAAGUACCAGCGGAUCUUGACGGAUAACUCGGUAAACUUGUGGGUGGAGGACGUGGGGUAUUUGGAUUGUCGCAGUUGA